AUGGUGAUGAGAUUAUUUGCCAUUUGUGUACCAGAAGUUGAGAAGUUAAGUGUUUUGGAGGCAUGUCACUCCUUGCCUGUGGGUGGUCACCAUAGUGAUUUGUCAAGAAGUCUUGACGAUGCUCUUUGGGCCUACAAGGCAUACAAGACCCCCAUAGGUAUGUCUCCAUACCAACUGCUAUAUGGGAAGGCUUUUCACUUGCCCGUUGAGUUAGAGCACAAAGACAUGUGGGCAAUGAAGAAAUCGGAGAUGGUUUGGAAUGAAGCGGUACAACAAACACUUACUGGGUUAAAUGAGCUUGAUGAGUUUUGCCUAAAAGCUUAUGAAAGUUCAACCAUAUACAAAGAUAAGAUGAAGAAGUACCAUAGCCAUAAGAUUUAA